AUGGGACAGCCUCAGCAACAAAAUGCUCCGACAGGAGGCUCCAGAAAGAUCUCAUUCAACGUCUCCGAUCAAUACGACAUUCAGGAUGUGAUCGGUGAAGGUGCUUAUGGCGUUGUCUGUUCUGCUCUUCAUAAACCGUCUGGCCAGAAAGUGGCUAUCAAGAAAAUCACACCUUUUGACCACUCCAUGUUUUGCUUGCGCACGUUACGAGAAAUGAAACUGUUACGAUAUUUCAAUCACGAAAACAUCAUCUCCAUUCUUGACAUUCAAAAGCCACGAAAUUAUGAAAGUUUCUCCGAAGUUUACCUUAUUCAGGAAUUGAUGGAGACGGACAUGCACCGUGUGAUCAGAACUCAAGACCUCUCUGACGACCAUUGUCAAUAUUUCAUCUAUCAAACUCUCCGAGCGCUCAAGGCUAUGCAUUCUGCCAAUGUCCUCCAUCGAGACCUGAAACCAUCCAACCUGUUACUCAACGCUAAUUGCGAUCUCAAAGUUUGCGAUUUUGGUUUGGCUAGAUCAGCAGCUUCUACAGAUGACAACUCCGGUUUCAUGACUGAAUACGUGGCUACUAGAUGGUAUCGCGCUCCGGAAAUUAUGCUCACAUUCAAGGAAUACACAAAAGCUAUUGAUGUUUGGAGUGUUGGAUGUAUUCUCGCAGAAAUGCUGAGUGGGAAACCAUUAUUCCCCGGCAAAGACUACCAUCACCAACUCACGUUAAUCUUGGACGUUCUGGGAACUCCCACAAUGGAGGACUACUAUGGCAUCAAGUCUCGGCGCGCUCGCGAGUACAUCCGAUCUCUCCCGUUCAAGAAGAAGAUCCCUCUCAAAGCCCUUUUCCCUAAGACAUCAGACCUCGCCUUAGACCUGCUUGAGAAGCUCCUUGCCUUCAACCCCGUCAAGCGCAUCACAGUCGAAGAUGCCUUGAAGCAUCCCUACCUUGAACCUUACCAUGACCCUGACGACGAGCCGACUGCUGAACCGAUUCCAGAGGAGUUCUUCGAUUUUGAUCGCAACAAGGAUCAGUUGGGCAAAGAGGAAUUGAAAGCGUUGAUCUGGAAUGAGAUUAUGCGAUGA